AUGGCGGAUCCAGCCGAAUGUAGCAUCAAAGUGAUGUGCCGGUUCCGGCCCCUCAACGAAGCGGAGAUCCUCCGCGGGGACAAAUUCAUCCCCAAAUUCAAAGGCGAGGAGACGGUAGUGAUCGGGCAAGGAAAGCCGUACGUCUUUGACCGAGUGCUGCCACCCAACACAACCCAGGAGCAGGUCUACAAUGCCUGUGCGAAGCAGAUUGUCAAAGAUGUCCUUGAAGGUUAUAACGGGACAAUUUUUGCAUAUGGGCAGACGUCAUCAGGAAAAACUCAUACCAUGGAGGGGAAGUUACACGACCCUCAGCUCAUGGGCAUCAUACCGAGGAUUGCACAUGAUAUUUUUGAUCACAUCUAUUCCAUGGACGAGAACCUGGAGUUUCAUAUCAAGGUUUCCUAUUUUGAGAUCUACUUGGACAAAAUAAGGGACUUGCUUGACGUGUCCAAGACCAACUUGGCUGUUCAUGAAGACAAAAAUAGAGUCCCCUAUGUAAAGGGGUGCACCGAGAGGUUUGUAUCAAGCCCGGAGGAGGUCAUGGAUGUGAUCGAUGAGGGCAAAGCAAACCGACACGUGGCUGUGACAAACAUGAACGAACACAGCUCCAGGAGUCACAGUAUCUUCCUGAUUAACAUUAAACAAGAGAACGUGGAGACUGAAAAAAAACUCAGCGGGAAGCUGUAUCUGGUUGAUUUGGCUGGGAGUGAAAAGGUCAGCAAAACGGGUGCUGAGGGAGCUGUUCUCGAUGAGGCUAAAAAUAUCAACAAGUCUUUGUCUGCUCUUGGAAAUGUGAUCUCUGCCUUGGCAGAAGGGACAAAAACACAUGUGCCAUACCGGGACAGCAAGAUGACCCGGAUCCUCCAGGACUCUCUGGGUGGGAACUGUAGGACCACCAUUGUCAUUUGCUGUUCUCCUUCAGUCUUCAACGAGGCAGAGACCAAGUCCACGCUGAUGUUUGGACAGAGAGCGAAGACCAUCAAGAAUACAGUCUCCGUGAACUUGGAACUAACGGCAGAAGAAUGGAAGAAGAAAUAUGAAAAAGAGAAAGAGAAGAACAAGGCCUUGAAGAGCGUCAUCCAGCAUCUGGAGAUGGAGUUGAACAGGUGGAGGAACGGGGAAGCCGUGCCCGAGGAUGAACAGAUCAGCGCCAAGGACCAGAAGAACCUGGAGCCCUGUGACAACACACCCAUCAUAGAUAACAUCACGCCUGUUGUUGACGGUAUCUCUGCUGAGAAAGAGAAGUAUGACGAGGAGAUCACCAGUCUGUACCGACAGCUGGAUGAUAAGGAUGAUGAAAUUAACCAGCAGAGCCAGCUGGCUGAAAAGCUGAAGCAACAGAUGUUGGAUCAGGAUGAGCUUCUAGCUUCUACCAGAAGGGACUAUGAGAAGAUCCAGGAGGAGCUGACACGCCUCCAGAUUGAAAACGAGGCAGCUAAAGAUGAGGUGAAAGAAGUCCUCCAGGCCCUGGAGGAGCUGGCUGUCAAUUACGAUCAGAAGUCACAGGAAGUGGAGGACAAGACCAGGGCCAACGAGCAACUGACUGAUGAGCUCGCCCAGAAAACGACGACACUGACAACCACCCAGCGAGAGCUGAGUCAACUACAAGAGCUUAGUAACCACCAGAAGAAGAGGGCCACAGAGAUCCUGAACCUGCUCCUCAAGGAUCUGGGGGAGAUCGGAGGAAUCAUUGGCACAAACGAUGUGAAGACCCUGGCAGACGUGAAUGGAGUCAUCGAAGAGGAGUUCACCAUGGCGCGCCUCUACAUUAGCAAGAUGAAGUCGGAGGUCAAAUCUCUCGUGAACCGUAGCAAGCAGCUGGAGAGUGCCCAGAUGGACUCCAACAGGAAGAUGAAUGCCAGCGAGCGGGAGCUGGCAGCUUGCCAGUUGCUUAUCUCGCAGCAUGAAGCAAAGAUCAAAUCUCUGACAGACUACAUGCAGAACAUGGAACAGAAGAGGCGGCAGCUGGAAGAGUCCCAGGACUCCCUCAGCGAGGAGUUGGCCAAGCUCCGGGCCCAAGAAAAAAUGCACGAAGUCAGUUUCCAAGAUAAGGAAAAGGAGCACCUGACGAGGCUGCAGGAUGCUGAGGAGGUGAAGAAAGCUCUGGAGCAGCAGAUGGAGAGUCACCGGGAAGCGCACCAGAAGCAGCUGUCCAGACUUCGUGAUGAGAUUGAGGAGAAGCAGAGAAUCAUUGAUGAGAUUCGGGAUUUGAAUCAGAAACUGCAACUGGAACAGGAGAGGCUCAGCUCUGAUUAUAACAAGCUGAAAAUAGAGGACCAGGAGAGAGAAGUGAAACUGGAGAAGCUCCUAUUGCUCAAUGACAAAAGGGAGCAAGCCAGGGAGGACCUCAAGGGACUGGAGGAGACUGUGUCUAGAGAACUCCAGACCCUUCAUAACCUGCGCAAACUCUUCGUCCAGGAUUUGACCACUCGGGUAAAAAAGAGUGUGGAGCUGGACAGCGACGAUGGAGGGGGUAGUGCCGCCCAGAAGCAGAAAAUCUCCUUCCUGGAGAACAACCUGGAGCAGCUUACCAAGGUGCACAAGCAGCUGGUCCGGGACAAUGCGGAUUUGCGUUGUGAACUCCCCAAGCUGGAGAAGAGGCUCCGUGCUACUGCAGAGCGUGUCAAGGCUUUGGAGAGUGCACUGAAAGAGGCCAAGGAGAACGCCAUGAGGGACCGGAAGCGCUACCAGCAGGAAGUGGAUCGCAUCAAGGAGGCUGUGCGAGCCAAGAACAUGGCCAGGAGGGCACAUUCGGCUCAGAUCGCCAAGCCCAUCCGCCCAGGACAUUAUCCAGCAUCAUCUCCAACAGCUGUUCAUGCAGUCCGAGGAGGAGGAGGUGGCUCUUCAAACUCUACUCACUACCAGAAAUAAAUGCAGUAUAUGAUUCCACGUAGCAUGAAAAGGACUAUAUUAGUCAGCAGUUCCUUUAUUUCCCCUAUACAGUUUCCGUUUCUUUUUACACCUGCUUGCCC